CAACAAAUAUGGCGGAGAGGAGCAGGACGGCAGAGACGGGCAGCGCCAUGGGAAGUGAUGAUAUCAUAGCAGGGAACGUGAGCAAGUACAUUGUUCUCCCAGCUGGUUACUGUGGACAGCCCAAAAAAGGACAUCUUAUAUUUGACGCCUGCUUUGAAAGUGGGAACCUUGGCCGUGUGGACCACGUCACAGAGUUUGAGUAUGACCUCUUCAUCAGGCCAGACACCUGCAACCCACGCUUCCGAGUGUGGUUCAACUUCACCGUGGAAAACGUGAAGGAAUCACAGAGAGUAAUUUUCAAUGUUGUCAACUUCAGUAAAACAAAAAGCCUCUACAGAGAUGGGAUGGCUCCAAUGGUGAAAUCCACAAGCCGACCAAAAUGGCAAAGAAUCCCCUCCAAAAACGUGUAUUACUACCGCUGCCCAGACCACAGGAAGAACUAUGUCAUGUCCUUUGCAUUCUGCUUCGACCGGGAGGACGACACUUACCAGUUUGCCUACUGCUACCCCUACACCUACACUCGCCUUCAGCACUACCUGGACAACCUCCAGAGGAGGAACAUGGACUACUUCUGCAGGGAAUUGCUGGGGCUCAGCGUGCAGAAACGGCGGCUUGACCUCCUGACAAUAACCAGCCCUGAGGACAAAACUGACCUUGAGAACAGUGUGAUGCAGAAGAAAAUUAAAAUCCCCAAACUAUCUCUCAAUCACAUAGAAGAAGCUGGGGAAGUUACAGAUUAUGGGGAAGAAGAUGUGGAGCUUAGACACAGUAAGAGACAAGAUGGAAGGAAACAAAGUGAAGGUACACACAAAAGCAUUGAAGCAGUUGUUGCUCGCCUUGAGAAACAGAACGGGAUGAGUCUCAGUAAUACUUCCAGCCCUGAGGAAGCUGUUAUGGAGGCUACAGAAGGCAUGAACAAUAUGGACGAUGCUGUAGUUCCUCGGAUUCUCUAUGAGGAAUUGCUGAGGAGUUACCAGCAGCAGCAGGAAGAGAUGAGACACAUUCAACAGGAGCUUGAGAGAACACGGAGACAGCUUGUGCAACAGGCAAAGAAGCUAAAGGAGUAUGGGGCACUCGUGUCAGAAAUGAAAGAGCUCAGAGACUUGAACAGGAGGCUCCAGGAUGUACUGCUCCUAAGACUAGGUAGUGGACCUGCCAUUGAGGUUGAAAAAGUAAAACCUGAAUCAAUUGAGCCCGAGCCUGAGGUACAGAAGACCUUCAGUGAGGAAGCAAAUACAUCAACGUACUACCCUGCCCCUGUUCCAGUAAUGGACAAGUAUAUUCUCGAGAAUGGAAAGGUCCAUCUUGGCAGUGGAAUUUGGGUAGAUGAGGAGAAAUGGCACCAGCUGCAAGUAACACAAGGAGAUUCAAAGUAUACAAAAAAUCUAGCGGUUAUGAUUUGGGGAACAGAUGUUCUCAAGAACAGAAGUGUCACAGGAGUUGCAACCAAAAAAAAGAAAGAUGCCGUUCCCAAGCCACCUCUCUCACCUCACAAAUUAAGCAUUGUCAGAGAAUGUUUGUAUGAUAGAAUAGCACAAGAAACUGUGGAUGAAACUGAAAUUGCACAGAGACUCUCCAAAGUCAACAAGUACAUCUGUGAAAAAAUCAUGGAUAUCAAUAAAUCAUGUAAAAAUGAAGAAAGGAGGGAAAUUGCAAAGUACAAUUUGCAAUAAAUUUUGGAUUUUUAAUAAAGUCUUAGUGUUUUACUUAAGUGUUGGUUUUUGAUUUGUGUGGCAUUUUUGCUGAUGGGAGAAGCUGAAUUGAAGCGUUGCUCUCUUCCUAUAAUUGAUUCGUUUUUUGAGCGGUUCUGUCAUGGUGUAAACUGCUUUUAACUAAUGUAAGAUAUAUUGUAAGUUCACUCCCAAUGAAAACUGAAGUUUCCAAGGUUUCUCCAGCGACUUGCAGUUUGUUACCUGCGGUUGUACAUUGGUUCUGGUUCUGUGGACACCGACCCAUUUGCCCUGCGUUGAGUUUUGCUGGAGUUAGUGGAUCUCAGCUGCAGUAAAACAUCUGCUUAGAAGGAAGAACUGUACAAAACUCACUUUGCUAUUGAAAAGGAUUUUACUGUAUUUUACAAAGUGUUUUUUUUCUGAAAUGAAGUUUCAAUCGUUUGUUUUUAUAAAUCUUUGUUUUGAUCUCUAACCAUAUAUUUGAUCAAAAAUACACAAAGAACGUUUCUUUUUCAAUUAUCUUGUAGGCAGAUCACUAUUACCAUCACAGUUUAAAAAAAAAACAAAAAUUAAACAAUGAACAACAAAGAACCCAAAGCUGUAAGUUGUAAAAUCAUGAUAAUUCAUUUUAAUAAAUAAAUCUAAACCCAGUUCUUUUACAGGGACCAAGACACUUCAAAUUUCUGGUUGUGGUAUAAAGUUCCUCAGUGUGUCCAUACUAUUGUUCUUGAAAUAUUACCUUUUUAGUGUAUUUGUACUUUCAAACAAUUUAAAAAUUGCCACACUAUGGCAAGAGUAUGUACAGUAGAAAAUUUAGUACAAUUUUGUUUGGGUCCAUAAUUUAACAAUGGACACUUUUAGCACAAAUUUUAAUUACAAAUAAAAAUAAUUUUCUACAUUGAAGUUAGACUUGCAAUGCAAAGUUUUUAGAAAUAAUUUGUCAUCUGAACUAUAUGUUGUGUGUAAGUGAAGCAAAAUAUUCUCUUUUCAUAAAAGAUUUAGAGUUAACUUGAGGUCUGGAUUGAUGAAUUUUGAGAGUUUGUGAUCUCACUUAACCUUCCAUUUAUUCUGUGCUCACAGCUGUGAUUGUCUGCCUUUCAGCCUGCCUGUUCCUGAGCGCCAGCAUUUGUUUCUUUUCCACUGCAAUUCUGUUUCCUGUAGUCUUGAAAAACUUCCCAUUUCUUAUCACCUUCCUGUAGCACUGGUUCACCCUGAGGUGAAGCGUUUUUCAGUGUCCUGUAAAUCUGGAUAAUGUGGAAAGGAACAGGCUGCUGGGGUGGACUUGCCAUGCCUGGAAGUAUUUAAAUGAUAAAAGAUAUAGAUGUGGCACUUGGGGACAUGGGUUAGUGGUGGGAUUGGCAGUGCUGGGUGAAUGCCUGGACUUGA